UCCAAGGAGGGAAAGCUUAAAACAAAAAAGCUUAAAUACAGGCGCCCCCCUUGAACACAGAAAGCACGGCCACCAUAAAAUAAGAAAAUUAAGAGGCCGGAUUUCAAAACCCUUUCUCUUUAAAAUAUAGAGAAAAGAGGGACCAAAGUGAAAAUCGAAAUAUAGAUUUGAUUUUCAAUCUGCAUUUUCAGGGUGUGGAACAAUGGGUGCAGGUGGCAGAAUGUCGGUUCCUCCAAGUCAAAGGAAACAAGAAUCGGGCUCAAUGAAAAGAGUCCCUAUAUCUAAACCACCAUUUACUCUCAGUGAAAUAAAAAAAGCCAUCCCACCACACUGUUUCCAACGCUCACUUAUCCGUUCAUUUUCCUAUCUCGUUUACGACUUCAUUUUAGUCUCUAUCUUUUACUACGUAGCCACCACUUACUUCCACAACCUCCCUCAGCCACUAUCUUUCGUCGCCUGGCCAAUUUAUUGGACUCUUCAAGGUUCAGUCCUCACUGGCGUUUGGGUUAUCGCCCAUGAAUGCGGUCACCAUGCUUUUAGCGAUUACCAAUGGAUCGAUGACACUGUCGGUCUCAUCCUCCAUUCAUCCCUUCUUGUCCCGUACUUUUCGUGGAAAUAUAGUCACCGACGUCACCAUUCCAACACUGGUUCCCUUGAACGCGACGAAGUAUUUGUUCCGAAGAAACGGAGCAGCAUUAGAUGGUGGGCUAAAUACCUCAACAAUCCACCAGGUCGUUUCGUCACAGUCACCAUUCAGCUCACUCUCGGAUGGCCUCUUUACUUAGCAUUCAAUGUAGCAGGUAGACCUUACGAAGGAUUCGCUUGUCACUACAACCCAUACGGUCCUAUCUACAACGACCGUGAACGACUUCAAAUCUACAUAUCCGACGUCGGUGUCCUUGCUGUCACCUAUGGGCUGUACCGUCUCGUGUUAGCCAAAGGUCUAGCUUGGGUCAUUUGCGUUUACGGUGUCCCAUUGCUCAUCGUUAAUGCAUUCCUCGUCAUGAUCACAUACUUGCAACACACUCACCCCGCAUUACCACACUACGACUCAUCCGAAUGGGACUGGUUACGUGGAGCCCUCGCGACGGUCGACCGAGAUUAUGGGAUAUUAAACAAGGUUUUCCAUAACAUAACUGAUACUCAUGUCGCUCAUCAUUUGUUUUCGACGAUGCCGCAUUACCACGCAAUGGAAGCAACUAAGGCAAUAAAACCAAUAUUGGGAGAGUAUUAUUCAUUUGAUGGUACACCAGUUUAUAAAGCGAUAUUUAGAGAGGCAAAGGAGUGUAUUUACGUUGAACCAGACGAAGGUGAGCAGAGCAGCAAAGGUGUAUUUUGGUUUAGAAAUAAGAUCUAACUUUGCCGAUA